UUCUUUUGAGAACAUUCUAAACGCUUCUACGGUUUUCUCCGUACACGUCCACAGUUUCCACCCUAAACCAAGAAAACCACUGCCCGCCUUCUCUCCUCCUGCCUACUGCUCUCAAUUUCAAUCCACUUCCAAAAGCCAGGAAGAGCUCCUCCCAAUGUUGGGUCGGUCGGUCACCGCGAGGCUCGCAAGGUCCGCCCGCGCGGUGGCGCACAACCGCCGCUCCUCCCCCCGCGUCCUAUCCUCUCACUCACCGCCGCUCUCAGGCCCUUCCGCCCGCCUCUCCGGCGUCCCAUCCGCGCCGCUCGUCGGAGGCCGCGAUGCGAUCGGGGUUGCGGGCUCCGUCGGGUUCCUGGGCAAGGGAUUCACCUGCCGCCACUUCCGCUCCGCCACCCCUCUUCAGUAUAACCUUGGCGGCUCCUCCCAAGAAAUCAGCCAAGCAGGGUCCACAGAGAUGGCAUGGGAUGGAAUUAUUGGUGCAGUAGAUGCAGCACGACAGUACAAGCAGCAGGUAGUAGAAACUGAGCAUUUGAUGAAAGCCCUUCUGGAGCAGAAAGAUGGUUUGGCUCGAAGAAUUUUCACCAAAUCUGGAAUUGACAACAGUUCUGUGCUGCGAGCAACAGAAGAGUUUAUCUCACAGCAACCCAAGAUUGUUGGUGAUACAAGCGGGCCCAUCUUGGGACAAAAUUUAAUAACUCUAUUUGACAACACCAAGAAGUUUAAAAAGGAGUUUGGUGAUGAAUUUCUUUCAGUUGAGCACCUUGUCCUGGCAUUUUGUGCAGACAAAAGGUUUGGUCAACAAUUAUUCAAGAAUCUUCAACUCAAUGAGACAGAGCUGAGGAAUGCUAUAUUAGCGGUUCGAGGAAAUCAAAGAGUCACUGAUCAGAAUCCUGAAGGGAAGUAUCAGGCGCUAGAGAAGUAUGGCAGUGACUUGACAGAACUUGCCAGGCGUGGUAAACUGGACCCAGUUAUAGGCCGUGAUGACGAAAUACGGCGUUGUAUCCAGAUUUUAUCUAGGAGAACAAAAAAUAAUCCUGUAAUUAUUGGUGAGCCUGGUGUUGGGAAAACUGCUAUUGCUGAAGGAUUAGCCCAGCGAAUUAUACGAGGGGAUGUUCCUGAACCUUUACUGGAUAGGAAGCUGAUCUCUUUGGAUAUGGGAUCCUUGGUUGCGGGGGCUAAAUUUCGUGGUGACUUCGAGGAAAGAUUGAAAGCUGUUCUAAAAGAAGUCUCUGCUUCCAAUGGACAGAUCAUUUUGUUCAUUGAUGAGAUCCAUACUGUAGUUGGUGCAGGAGCAACUGGUGGGGCAAUGGAUGCUGGUAACUUGCUGAAACCUAUGUUAGGCCGAGGAGAACUUCGUUGUAUUGGUGCAACUACCUUGAAUGAAUACAGAAAGUACAUUGAAAAGGACCCUGCUUUGGAACGUAGGUUUCAGCAGGUUUAUUGUGGUCAGCCAUCUGUAGAAGACACAAUAUCAAUACUUCGUGGACUUCGCGAGCGCUAUGAAUUGCAUCAUGGUGUAAAGAUAUCCGACAGUUCUCUUAUUGCAGCUGCAGUUCUAUCUGAUCGGUACAUCACUGAACGUUUUCUGCCCGACAAAGCCAUCGAUCUUAUUGAUGAAGCAGCUGCAAAGCUGAAAAUGGAGAUAACAUCAAAGCCCACUGAGUUGGACGAGGUAGAUAGAGCAGUGCUGAAGUUAGAAAUGGAGAAGCUUUCCUUGAAAAAUGACACUGAUAAAGCAUCUAAAGAACGACUAAGCAAGCUGGAAGCAGAUUUAACAUCACUAAAACAAAAACAGAAAGAACUAACAGAACAGUGGGAGCAGGAAAAAUCCCUCAUGACCAAAAUUCGUUCAAUUAAAGAGGAGAUUGAUAGAGUUAAUUUGGAAAUGGAAGCUGCUGAACGUGAAUAUGAUUUGAACCGUGCUGCUGAACUGAAGUAUGGUACACUUAUAUCUCUACAAAGACAGCUUCAAGAGGCUGAGCAGAAGCUUGCUGAAUUCCGGCAGUCAGGAAAGUCAAUGCUUCGGGAAGAGGUCACAGAACUUGAUAUUGCUGAAAUUGUUAGUAAGUGGACUGGUAUACCUAUCUCAAAUCUUCAGCAGUCAGAGAGGGACAAACUGGUCCAUUUGGAAGACGUACUGCAUAAGAGAGUGGUGGGUCAGGUUAUUGCUGUCAGAUCAGUGGCUGAUGCAAUCCGACGUUCUAGGGCAGGAUUAUCAGAUCCAAAUCGGCCUAUAGCGAGUUUCAUGUUUAUGGGUCCCACUGGUGUUGGUAAAACUGAGCUUGCAAAAGCUUUGGCAGGCUACCUUUUCAACACAGAGAAUGCACUUGUAAGGAUAGAUAUGAGUGAAUACAUGGAAAAGCAUGCAGUUUCCCGAUUGGUUGGUGCACCACCAGGUUAUGUUGGUUACGAGGAAGGGGGCCAGCUAACCGAAGUUGUCCGACGAAGGCCUUAUGCUGUAGUUCUUUUUGAUGAAAUUGAAAAGGCACACCAUGAUGUCUUCAAUAUUCUAUUGCAGCUGCUGGAUGAUGGAAGAAUUACUGAUUCACAGGGAAGGACUGUCAGUUUUACAAAUACUGUUGUUAUAAUGACAUCAAAUAUUGGCUCACACUUCAUCCUUGAUACUCUCCAAAACACACAUGAUACCAAGGAUGCUGUGUAUGAACUAAUGAAGAAGCAGGUUCUUGAGUUGGCCAGACAAACGUUUCGCCCGGAAUUUAUGAACCGGAUUGAUGAGUAUAUUGUAUUCCAGCCUCUGGAUACUAGACAGAUCAAUCGUAUUGUUGAGAUGCAGUUGGGGCAUUUGAAAUACAGGCUUAAACAAAAGAACAUCUACCUUCAUUAUACACCAGCAGCAGUUGAGCUUCUUGGGAACCUUGGUUUUGACCCUAACUUUGGUGCCAGACCAGUGAAGAGGGUAAUCCAGCAGAUGGUGGAGAAUGAAAUUGCUCUUGGUGUUCUUAAAGGAGAUUUCGACGAAGAUGACUCAAUAGUUGUGGAUGUGGACGCUGAUCAAUCCCUUAAAGAUCAUCCCCCGCAAAAGAAGCUAGUUAUAAGAAAGCUGGAAAACCUUCCCUUGCCGGAUGUACUGGCAGCAAAUGACUGACUAGGUUAAUGCUUCAAGUUCCACUAUACGAUAAAACAUUACUUGUUUGCUCUGCAGAAGUGUAGUCACCUCUCUUUUGUUUUUCUCCUUCAGUUUCUUCAGAGGCCAUCCGAAGAUGAAUACAUUUUCUGCUGGAUUUAACUUUGCUGUCAACAUUUGUAUUUUACCAACAGAUUGACAGAUCCAAUGGUUGUCUUACAAAAUCCCCUUUUUUCA